UACGUGACGUGCGAGGACAUUCUCAAACUCCCCCAUCACUCCGCUAAGCUUCUGUUGUGAUAAGGGAAACUAUAUAUUUUAUGUGAUGAAGGAGUAAGUACGUCGCUUCGCUGCCGACGCUGCUGCCUCAGCCGACCGACCGAGCUUCGUCCUGCCAAACGGAGCGCCGCAUCCUCAUGUGAUUCCUGUUUCGCAGAGUCCGACCGUUUGUGGCCCGCUGCUCAUACGUGUGCGUGUACGUGGGCGGCCGUGGCCCACGCGAGCAGGGGGCGUGGCAUGUGGGUGGCUGUGGUGGGCAGCGCGUGUGUGCCGUCGCUGCCGCCGCCUCUGCUGGCGCUCUGUUAGCUGCGACGUGGUUGCUGUGUUUUUUCAGGCCAGGCCGACAUCAUUUGAAUUAGUCGCUUCGUGACGUUUGAACGGUUCAAAACAUACACGCAACCCCCACAUACGUUCAUCCGUUAACCGCUACCCGUUAACCGAUACGAUGGUCAGCGGCCUUUCACAACGCCGCCGCCAAUAAUUGACCGUAUUAGUUCGAUUGAUAAAGAAUUGAAGCACGCAGCACGUGACUGGAACGGGGCAUGUUAAAGGACGCCCACCAGGAGUUGAUUAAACAUCGCCAAUCGACGAAGCUCUCCAUGACCGACUUCGCUUGUCAGGCGGCGCCUGUAAAUCAGCCUCUGCCGCUAGAAUUACCGCUGCCUUUGUCAGUGCAGCUACAACUUUUAGCCAAGACUCCGACCAGUGAUCACGCCCCAAUGCACUCUACGCCUCCGACGACCCCGCCUACGCCACCACCUCUGCCCUUGAACAUGAGUCAAUCGGCAUCGGCGGUAACGGAAGCUGCUACUCCAGAGAACAGUCUGCCUGCCACACCACCCUCAGAAGGUACACUAGCUGUACCUUCGGCCCCACAGGAUCACUACAGCCUGCGCUGGAAUAACCACCAAAACCACAUCCUGCGGGCAUUCGAUGCAUUGCUGAAGACCAAAACGCUGGUGGACGUGACACUGGUCUGCGCGGAGACUUCGAUCCGGGCUCACAAAAUGGUGCUCUCCGCCUGUUCGCCCUUCUUCCAGCGCGUCUUUGCGGAGACUCCUUGCAAGCACCCCGUAAUAGUGCUCAAGGAUUUCCGGGGUUGGGUAGUGCAGGCCAUUGUAGACUUUAUGUACCGCGGAGAGAUCAGCGUGCCCCAGCAGCGACUCCAGACACUCAUCCAGGCCGGUGAGUCGCUUCAAGUCCGAGGCUUGGUAGAGAGCUCUGUCCCAGAACACACUCCCACACCGGCCGCUUCUCCUGAUGAUUUCGGGAUGUUGGACACCUCCAUGCUGUCCUCUAGCUUUGAGGACGAGUGUCCGACGAUGGUCCGACCCUCUAAGGGUGGAAAGCUUUUGAUGCCGUCUCCCCGACUGUUUGGUAACGCUUCAAGUGCCAUUGCUGCUCUAGGUGUGCGACGAAAACGAGAGCAGGAGUGCGACCGCGACUUGGAGAGUGAUCAGGAGCUGGGAGGCAGUUCACCUAUGCCACGACGUAAGCAAGCGCGACCGCGGCGCCGCUCCGGUGAUGUGCCGCACGACUUUACCCUAAACAAAACCGAUGCAGAAUCCUUGCAAACUGUGAUCAAGCACGAGCUUAUGGAGCGAGCGGAAAGAGAUCAGGAGGAGACUCCUGAUCGAGAUCACGGCCAAGGUGAAGCUGAACAAAUUAGUUCGUCGCCAGCAAAAACGUUGGUCGAAAAGGCUAAGGAGCAAAAGUCCAUGAAACAAGAAGGAUCCGAUCAACCGCGCAGCCUCAACGAGAAUCACCAUCAACUCGAGCUUGACGAUGAUGACGACGACGAUCAGGAUCAUGAAGAGGAAGAGGAGCAAGACAUUGAAGAGCUUAUUCAUACGACCAACGAGCUGAGGCGUCAGGCUGCAGCGGCUGCUGCAAAUGCGGCAGCCAUGUCUCCCAACCCUUCUCCCUGCCUCAGUGACGGGCCCGAGGACCUCUGCACCACUAACAAAGGCAAGGAAGGAAUUUCUGGCGCCUCUAGCUCGGCAGACUGUGAGUCCAAUAACAACAACAGCAGCAAGCUACAGGACAACAACCAGCGCAUAAUGCUGUCCCUGAAGGACAUCCGCCAACUAAACGCUAAUCCGAACCCCACGGCCAUCCACACGCCUACUAGUUGUUCGGGGGGCAACAACGGACUGCUUACUUUCCCUCCGCCCGGACUUCGGCCUCCUGGCCUACCAGACAGCCCGCCCUGCCACAUGGAAGCUCUAGAGGCACAGAUGCACGCAGCUGCGGCUGCUGCCGUGGCGGCUGCUGGAUCUGGGGAGCAUCCCUUCCAUCAUAUGGAGCACCAGAUGGAGAUGUCUUUGGCGGCUGCCGCGGCAGCUGCUGCGAUGCAUCAGCGUGAGCCACGGGAUCCCCGUGAUGGGCGUGACCACAACGCCUUCGCGAGCAAUUUGCUGGGGCCAAUGGGGAUGCCCCCGUUCGGAGGACAUAACGGAGGCCAUCCGGGCAACAGUGGUCCAGGAAACGGAUGUCCUGGACAGGCUGCGCACGAAAGACUUGAGGAGAGUAUGAAUCGACUGAGUAAGGAGCUUGGUAAGGAGUUUGGAAAGGAGUUUGGCCCGGCAUCGCCGAUGAGUCUGCAAGGUCCCUUCAAUGCACCGGAUGGACCUCCGCAUCCGCCAUCACCACUGCCCUUUCCUGGCAUGUCCUCCGCGAUGACGCUGACUCCGCCACAUAUGUUUGGUCUCGACUCACCACUUGGACUCUUUCCACCCGGAAUCGAUCCCGGCAAGCUUUAUAACCCGUUAAUGGAAAUGAGCGAUCCAAGGGACAUGCCUGGCGGGCCGCCUCCGUUUCUUAAAAAGAAAAUGCCGCGACCAAAGGGACAGCAUUCAGCCCCACGCGGCGGUCCUCCGCGCUCAUGGACUAACACAGAACUGACGGAGGCACUUCAGCACGUUUGGAACAAAAAGAUGACCACGUCGCAGGCGUCGCGUAUUUUCGGUAUCCCCUACAAUUCUCUACUGAUGUACGUCCGGGGAAAAUACGGAAAGAGUUUAAAGCUGGAGCAGCUGCGGAAGGACUGCAUCAGUGGACCACCGAUAGAAAUGCUGCAAAUGGGCAUCGGCGGAGGUAGCGGUGGUUCCACGAAGAAUGAGAAGAGCAAGGAGCGCAAGGAGAAGGAAAAGGACAAGAACUCUAUGAGCAGCAACGGUUCGGGUGGGUCUGCCAAUGCCCAAGGCGGAGGACCGACCUCCGGCAGUGGGCCAAUGCAGCAUCCUGGUGAACUGGGGCCUAUGGGACAGUUAGACUUGGAUCUGGGCCUUCCCCUGGGUCCUCCAGGAGGACCGCGUAGUAACAGUUCAGAGCCCGAUUUACUGAGUGCCCCAAAUGCCCUAUUCAAUCCCUUCAACCCACAGGGCUUCUACCCAGAUUUUUCGGGCGGCUUUCCCGGUCUCCCUCUGAGCAUGUUAAACCUUUUGCCGCCGGCAGAGCGCCAUCAUGCAGCUGCAGCUAUGCACCAUCUUGGCGUGAGCAUGGAUGAGGACUGCAAGUCUGUUGGAUCGAAGCAAUCCUCCUCCGUAGACGAAGACUAUUCAGGUCCUGGACUACCGCUCUCGCUGGAGCACCGUCGGGAGAUAAGCGCGACAGGCCCACCACUUACGCCAUCCAACGGUGGGACCGGGCAUGAUUGAAACUUGUGGCGGGAUUGGGCAGCUGGGGCUGCCAACGCCAAUCCAAUUUACUUCCCUCCUUUUGAGCUGGACCAGGAAAUAAACCCGACCCCGCCGUCCCUGCCUUCGCGACCCGCCCUUCACCGAAUGGCAUGCCGUGAACUCAGCUUUAAGCCAGACCUGUUCAUGGCCAGAAGAAAGCUGAAACGCUUCCGGGCCAAGCGCCAGAUCCAAGCGCAGAUCGACACGCCGACAGCAGGCGUUCCUGCCCCUUGUCCCAUAAGCAACGCGUUGCCACCGUUAAGGACCUAAAGUGAACUCGAAUGCAAUAUGUCUACUAUUAGUUACUGUUUUCUUUAAAUUAAAUAACCCCAAAGGAUGGGGGUUUUGUGAGGACUAGAUGUUUUUUUCUUUAAGUAAAUUAUUUACUGGUGCUUUUAGUUCCUAUUUCCAAUCAUUUAUAUUCAUUUAUAUUUUCUAAAUGAUUUAAGUUAAAUAAUCAAAUAUGACAAAGCUUACAAAGCAUUUGAGGCAAUACGUGAAACAAACUUUAAACACCCUGUAUUAAUAUAUAAUUUUAGUGUCGAAAGGAUUGUAAUCAAAAUGAUAGGAUGCUAUAAAGAAGAGCAAGUGUAUAUAUAUAUGAUAAUAUCCAAGCUAACAAAAAGUUUGGAAGCAAGUUGAGGGCAAACCCAAUACAACUAGAAGUAUCGACGGAUACAAAGCCGAUGACUGUACCAAAAUUUUUAUGUUAUUUAACAAAGCAAAAUGAAAAAUUUUUUAGUAUAAUUAAGUGUUCUCGUAGACAAUUCGUAUUUGUAUAGAAAACAUUUGCACCAAUAUUCCUCAUUCAUAGUUGUGCACGUUCCCCUUGCCCAACAGGCAAGUUCGUAGUUAUUCCUAAAUGCAGCUUUGUAAAUCGCAGCAAAUAAUGGAAUCCUGCAGAUUUACCCGUUUCGUAAUCUCAUUUGUAUAAUAAGCAACAACCAACCUAUAAAGAGGCAUACAAGUGACACGUUCCCGGGCAUAGUGUUAAUACUUUUUAAGCUCAAAAUAUUUUAAUAUUAAAUAUUUCAACAGAAACGUAUGUAAGUAAAAUAAAAUUAAAACUUAUACAUUACAAUAAAUAGUACAAGUUAUUAAA